AUGACUGGCACAGCCAAACUGCUUCAGUUAUUUGCGGUUGUUUUAACGGUGUCGAUAUCCACAGCCGAAUGGUCGGGAACAUCGGGAUCAGUUGGAGAGGAUAAAGAGGUUAAUGUCAUUUUCUCUCCUCAGUUCAAUGGAACAGUGAAGUUUGAAUUCUAUCGUAGUGCUCAUGAUGAAGGUUCAGAAAUUCCAGUGCAGCAAUUAUUGCAGAAGAAGAUUUCUCAUCGCAGUGACGAUGAUAUUGAAGGAUCUGGAGAAAAAGUUGUCAAUGUAAACUUCCAUCCGAAUUUCAAUCGUCCCGUGACAUUCAACCAUUUCCGUGCAGAAUCCGAUAAAGUAUGCAAACCUGCCAAAGUAUGUUAUUCGAACGACGACUGCAAUGGAGGAAGUUGUGUGGGAGAUUCAGUUGGUACGUGCAAUUGUGCUGCGUGUUCGUCAUUUGUGACCUGCCAGGACGACUCGGUUUGCGGCGGGCUCAGAGGAGCGUGUAACAAGCAAACGGGGCAGUGUGAUUGUGAGCGAGGUUUGCAUUCACUUGAUUUCAUUCAACUCUUGUCACGCUUCUUAAUCGCACAGUUCAAUGUAACAAAUUUUCCAUCCUUCAAUCCGAAUGGAGUCGACUGA